UUUUCUCUCUCUCUCUCUCUCUACACUAUCCCCUUUUACAUUUGGCAUUUGGGGUGGUAGUAGAGUGAGUAGCAAGGGUUUAUCGGCGUGCUCCAAGGCUGAAUCUUUAUCCGAUUGUAUCGAGGGUUUAUAAUUAAUUAUGGCUCUGAUUGGCGCUUUGGUUGAGAUUUUAGAAAAACCGAGUGUUGUAGAUGUGAUGAUUGAGCUGAUUGUUUUUAUGGCUCCCAUUUGGAUAUCUGUUUUUAUUGGUGUUUUGGUUGGUUGGGCAUGGAAACCUAAUUGGGCUAGUUCUUCAAAUAAAUCUGUGUCUCUCUUUCCCCAUUUUGCUUCUUCUGUCUCAAAUUUGAGCUCCUUCAAAGUUCAAUUCCCCGCCUGCAUUCCUUGGGUUUCCGAUUCUCCCUUGCCUCCUGUUUCUUCCGCUCCUCAUUACAGCUUGUCAGAGUUGGAGAAGGAGAAAUCGAGUGUUGUGAAUGACGAAGAUCUAAUACAUUUGCACAAAUUAGUCGAAGAAAAAGACGGUGGCCCUGCUUGGAUUAAGAUGAUGGAUAGGUCUACUCCAAAUAUGAGUUAUCAAGCUUGGAGAAGAGAUCCUGAGACCGGACCUCCACAAUAUCGUAGUAGGACCAUAUAUGAAGAUGCCACACCUGAAACAUUGAGGGACUUCUUUUGGGACGAUGAAUUUCGUGCAGAAUGGGAUGAUAUGCUUAUUAAGGCUAAAACCCUUAAUGAGUGUCGCUCCACUGGUACAAUGCUCGUUCAGUGGGUACGCAAGUUUCCAUUCUUUUGUAGUGACAGAGAAUACAUCAUAGGCCGUCGUAUUUGGGAAUCUGGGAAGACAUAUUACUGUGUAACAAAGGGUGUGCCAUGCUCUUCUGUGCCACGUCUCAACAAACCAAGACGGGUUGAUUUAUACUAUUCGAGUUGGUUCAUUCGUGCAGCGGAAUCAAGGAGAGAUGGAAGUCUAAGUGCAUGUGAGGUGGUGCUGUUCCAUCACGAAGAUAUGGGAAUUCCAUAUGAAAUAGCAAAACUCGGUAUUCGUCAAGGAAUGUGGGGUGCUGUCAAGAAAAUCGAUCCUGGUUUGCGUGCCUAUCAGAGACACAGGGCAUCGCCAAUUGCGUGCCUAUCUCCCAGUGCUCAAAUGGCUCAAAUUAACAGUAAAGUUAAUAUUGAGAUUUUAGAAGAAGCAGAAGAAUCACAAGACAAAAACACAAGCAUCGUUUCACAAGAAGAAGAAACUCGUGAUGAUAAGCCAGCUGGAAAAGGCAUACCGAAGAUAAUGGUUGUCGGUGGAGCUAUUGCUCUUGCUUAUACUCUUGAUCGAGGCCUUUUGACUAAGGCUUUAAUUUUUGGCGUUGCUAGACGAUUUGCAAAAACGGGUCGGAGGUUAUGACCCCCGCUACCGACAAGGCUUUUAUUGCAUCUGGGGGUGAAAAAUCAUGCUAAGGGCUCGGGUCCCGAUUUGUAAUUAUCUUCCGUAAUUCGGUCGAAGAUCUCAAGUUCGAUUAAGGAAACCACAGGCCGGAAAAUCCGUUUUUUUUCUUUUCUCUCUGUUCGAUCAUCAUUCGUUGUGAUUGUCAUUUGCAGUUUCAUUUACUUGUAUUGAAUAUGAUAUAUAGACCAAAUGGAGAUAACUUGGUUCAGUUGCUUUCUUGAUAA